AUGGACGGCUUCAAUGAUGACAUUCUGACCAAAGGGCAGCAGGAAGUAGAUGAGAAGCACCUAGAUGCCGGCUUCGAGGCAAAGGCAACCUGCACCACAGAAGGUGCCACUGAGCCGGAAUUUAAAGGGAAGCCUGAAAAGGGAGGCAAGGUUCUCCGUUUGCUACUGGGCAAGCGUGCAAGCAAGCCCGGUUCCACCGAUGAGGAGCUGGGUCUGAAGAAGAAAAAGCUAGAGGAUAGCAAGACCCAGGAUGUGGCUAAUGCCGCUCCAUUCGAAGAAGAAGGCGAUGCAUCCAACAAGAAGCAGGAGCAAGAGGCUUUCGACGUUACCAAGAUGCCGCCGGGAUCUCCAAAGGCUGGAGAUGGCACUCCACAACACAAGGGUGUCUCCGGACUAAUCAAAGAUGAUGAAAUAGUCUACGAAUCUCUUGAAGGCAUUGAGGCAGAGGUGACCAACACUACUGAUGAAGGCAUCAAGGAAGAAGAUGCCACUGAAGAGCAGACUGAAGAGGAUACAUCAGAGGGAGACAAGGAUGAUGAAAUCAUUUUCGAAGACGAGGACGAAGAAGGGGACGACGACGACGAUGUGGUGGCCGGGCUGGCGGCGGGUGUUGCCGAGGGGGAACUGGAGCUGGGAGAAGUGGAUGUAGAGGACGAGCUGGGCGUUGAGGUUGAAGAUGAAGAGGGAGAAGUGGAGCUACUGGAGCUAGGCGAAGUCGAAGAGGAACUGGGCGAGGUUGAGGAGGAACUAGGUGAAGUCGAAGAGGAAGACGAGGAUGAGGGAUCCGACGAGGUGGUGCUCGAGGACGAUGAUGGGUCCGACGAAGUAGUCGAGGACGAUGAUGGGUCCGUCGAAGUAGUCGAGGACGAUGAUGGGUCCGUCGAAGCAGUAGAAGCUGGCGUAACACUGUUGGACAGAGCCAACAACAGGCAGGCCAGGAGAAGGCAGAAGAAUCGCAUCUUGCUGUGGAGCUUGGAAAACUCAAACUGUGAUACUUUCCACAAUCUCCACUAG